GGGCAGCGGACUAGAUACAAAAUACAGAAAUGGAAGGAACAUUGCAAGACUAUGGCCUACCCGAGCAUACUCUAGUCGCUCUUUCCCUCCUUUCAUCCAAAAACAGCAACAACACAUCAAACCCUCUUCCCACAGAAUGGAUACUUUUACAUCCUCUCUUCAUUAUACCAUUCUACCAACUUCAUUUAUUCUAUCCCUCUACUCUAUGUAUACCUAGCAUACACUACUAUCUAGUACUUAUAUGCGAGGAUGUCCCUCCCAACAACCACCCAAGACCUCCGUCACUUCCCAGAGACGCAGCAGCCCCGACCCACCACCGACCACUACCACAACUACUCCAAUUCAAUCACCCUAACCUUUACCCAGUUCUUCUCCCUCCUUGGAACCCUUCUCGCCCUCAAGUUCUAUUAUGGUCUGUAUACUCUCUCGCACGGCAAGAGACCCACCCACCAGUCCAUCAAGGAGCUCGAACACCGCAUUGUGGCUCUUUUUCAGGCGAUCGUUCCAGAGGGACUGUAUCGGAUGGAUUCAAGAGGUCCGAACUUGACAUCAGGAUCGGGUGCGGCCUCGAGACGCUCGUUUCCUUGUGACAGUGAUGGGAAAAAGAGUGGUAAUAGGAACGAGGACGGGAACGGGAGUGGAAAUGGCAAAGCGAGGUCGGUGGCGUCGGCGUCUACUCAGCGUACUCAGCCAGGUGAUGGGAUGAUCGAUUUGCACAAUGCAACUACCCAAGAAGGAUCUGCGCACAGUCCCCUCAUGAGGGUUACGACGAAUAUUGCCCCCGCUAUACGCAUGUCGCAGGGUUUGUCGAAGAUGUCGGGGGAACAGCUCGUUCGGACGGUCACAGCUGGAACGACUAUCGCGGAGAACAUCCCAGAGAUGUCGUUGGACAAUAGCAACGGUGACAACCGCCAGUCGUUUACUUCGUGCCAGGCGUACUGUGGAUCCAUGUCUUCUGCUGCCCCGCCUCCUGUGUCUAUCUACACGGCUUAUAGACCAGGCACGCCGUCGUCCACUCUCACUUAUGCGCCGCCGCAGAAUACCCCCGAGUCGGGUACGCCUAUCACUACCAGCAUUGACCGGCUCAUUCUGCAGGCCAGGCCGCCGCGGUCCACUCUCAUAGGUCGCUAUCCGACGGAGGAGGAAGAAAGGUGGCCAGUUGUCAGCCAGAGGGAAUUGACAAAUGAAUCUGAAGAAGAGUCUCCGACGAGGCUGACCAAGUGGCCAGGGGUCGAGCAAGAGCAGUCGCGAUCGUCGGUACAAGAAGAAGAACCACCAAAGAACGAGUUUGUAAAGUGGCGCUUUGGCAAGGAAGAAGUGUCUCCUACGGAUAAGGACGAUAUACACUCACCAAUCUACGACGCAGAACGUGUGGAGACCGAAUCAGAUUCGGAUGGGGAUGAAAAUGAGGAUAAGGAUCCGGAGGGUGGAUUGAAGUUGAUUCGUUCGGCUGAGAGCUAUCCGGGCAAGUUUCCUGUUAGUGAAGGGUUGCCAUUGACGGCGUUGGCGACGGCUCCUAUUUGUGUGAGAGGAAAGGCGCAGACUUCUGUGAGGCCGCUGUCGGAGGUUUGA